AGUCCAGGUUUCCUCACGAUGUUUACCUUCACCGUAUGUCAGUAGUGUCUAAAUAAUCAUAGAAAGUACAUAUAACUCGGAAAAAGUCAUAUUGGUACUUGCCAGGUUUCGAACCCACGCCCUCAUGCAUGAGAAGCGGGCUCCUUAACCUCCGGGCCACCACGACUGUAGCGUUAAUAACAUCGUGUAUAUUAAUAGCAGUUAAUUGAAAAACGAAUUAAUUUAUAAUAAAACUAGGUAAAAAAACUUCACAAAUACAACGAAAACAUAAAAAAUAAAAGUAAUACAAAAAGAAGUAAACCCAGCAACCACGCAGCCCUCCUCAAUGACUGAUCGGGUUUCAUUAGAUUUGAGUUCCAUAAUUUUGACUGAUUUCUAUUUUUCAAAAUAAACAAAGGUUCCAUUGAAGGAGGUUUUUAAAACAUGUAACGUAUUCUAAUUUCUACAACUACUAUCGAACACUUCUCCUGCCGAAAAUCGGCAAAACAAAAAAACUCGAUUUCAUUGUUAUCACGAUUGAAUACAGAACUCGAUAGCUCGGUGUACAUUGGACGAAACUGUUUAUCGCGAUAAGAACUACAUUGGUAAGGAUACACUGCCUACUAGAUUUGGUCAGGAUAUAACACAGUAAUAUUUAGUGAGAACCAGACGUCUUCUAUAGCGAGGUUAGGUCGAGAAAACAAUGACGAAACUCUUCACUUCGAAAUCUAGCGAAUUCGAGCUCGAAGCGUUGGAAGUUCACAACGAAUUUAGAGCUGAACAUGGAGUCCCACCUCUUGUCCUCAGCAAAGAAAUCAGCAAACACAGUCAGAAAUGGGCUGAAGAUCUUGCCAAAAAAGAUUCCCUAGCCUACAGCCUCAACCAGAACUAUGGAGAGAGCGUCUACUGCGGCUGGUCUCCUGACCCAAGCACAAAAAUAAAAGCAAGGGAUUGUGUUGAAAAAUGGUACAGUGAAAUAAACAACUUCUCAUUUGGAAGAGAACCAGAGGUUCUUAAUUGCGGACACUUCACUCAGAUAGUCUGGAAAGGUACAAGGGAAUUAGGAAUCGGCAGCGCCAAGAGCAAAUCUGGGAAACUCUAUGUUGUAGCGAACUAUUACCCACCAGGAAAUUACAGCGGACAAUUUAUCAAAAAUGUUUAUCCCCCUGGUGCGAACCAGUUUAAACGUAGCAAUGGUACCUCUCAGAGAGAGUCUAACAAUAACCUAUCCCCACCGUCACCAUCAAAUCAAAGGAAUAGUAAAAAUUUUAGCGACAUCGCAUCAGAUUUGGUGAACAAAUUCCGAUCGUCUACAAUAUCUUCUUCAACAUCCAACGAGAAAUUUGACGAAGAGUUUUUGAAGGCGCACAAUGAAUACAGGCGGAACCACGGUGUGCCUCCAUUAGAACUUAAUAAGAAACUUUGCAAGUACGCCGAGGAGUGGGCGAAGACGUUAGCCAAGAAAGGGGAAACUGAACAUAGGGAUCAGAAUGAUUAUGGAGAGAACAUAUUUUCCGCAUGGUCUACUGAUCCAAACUUCACAGUCACUGGAAGGGAUCCUGUAGAUAAAUGGUACAGCGAAGUGAGUUUCCACCGAUUUGGUCAAGAGCCUUUAGACUUGAAGUCAGGACAUUUUACGCAAAUCGUUUGGGAAGACACAAAGGAAGUCGGCGUGGGAAUGGCCAAAUCUAAAGAUGGCCACAUUUACGUUGUUGCAAACUACAAUCCCCCUGGCAACGUGAUCGGCAGUUUCUCAAAGAAAGUUAAGCCUCCUAUAUAAUUAAGUUUCAAUAUUUUACCUAAGUUAUUUAGACAGCCAAAGAAACAUUCCUUAGAAAUUAAGGCAAAUUUAAUUAUAUUUAAUUAAAUAGUAAUAUUCCAUUAUUUUUGUAAACUAUAUACCUCUAUUUAUUAUUGUAUUUAAGUUUACUGUUUAAUUAUAUUUUAUACUGAACUUUGCGUAUUUUAUUAGUCAAUUUGAAUAAAAUAAAGUUAGUCAAAUUGACUUAAAACAUUAAAGUCGUUUUCAAGAUCAGACAUAGUUUGCUACUGCUAAUUAGUAACUUAUUUGUAUAAAAUUGUGUUUGCUGAAGACUGUUAUACUUAUCUUCAAUUAAUUAUUAUUGCCCAAAUUAGACUAUACUUUUUGAAUUAAAUUGUAAUUCAAUUUAUAAUUAUCACAAAAUAAGGAUGAUGAGACUAAGACAAAUUUAAUCUUUUUUAAAUGACAAAUUGAUGUAAAUUUAUAUGAAUUUUGCAUGAGAUUACGGAAUAUACCUCAUAUUAUUUUGCGCCAAGUGUAAUAUUUUUUUAAUUUACAAAAAGUAAUUUAUUGCUUAUCUUCAAAUCAAAUUAAUCACCAAAAUGUCGUUACUUUGAGAUAGUUUAAAAGAUUUAUAAAGAAAUAAAAUCGUCCCUGUUACAUAACCAUGAUCUGUUUAAUUGAUCUUAAAAUCCAAUCAGUACUUUGAAUAAUUGAAAUUUCAACAAUUUAGGACUAAAAUAUGUAGAUACAAAUGGCUGAUAUUAAUUGUUUUAGGGCCAUUCCGAUGAAGUCUUUAAUUAAAAAUAAGUUAUUCAUAUAUUCCAAUAAUAGUUGUUUUACAACUAAAUAAUUCUGUAAGCUCGAUUGAAGCUUUAAGGUCCAUGACCCUCUUGUUUUACGCAAGAAGUUAAUUGUAAACUCGAAAAUGGUGAGAUGAUUCUUUAUUGAAUUCUAAAUCGUUGAGAUAUUUCUGGCCGUGAAAAGGUUAAACUCAUGAAAGGUGCUUCAAAUCGGCCUUCAACUGUUCGCUUCAAGAGAACUUGCCCACAAAAUAGAUGUAGAUAAAGCACGAAUCGUUGCAAGGGUAUCUACGAGCACACUUUACUUCUGAAAUUUGUUUUAUAACAACUACUACGAUUCUCAACCUUAUUAUUAAAUGUCCAAAGCUGAAUUUAACCUGAUUUUUAUUUUGAUAGGGCCCGAGUAAGGUGCUCGAUGUCUCGUUGGAAUUUCGUAUCAUUAGUUUUGAAAAGCGUGUUCCAGAGUUGAGAGCAGUCACUUAGUGGUCUAAUAAAUGUUUCUAAAACCAUUUUUUAUUUUGGUGUAAUAGGUAUUUUACUGGCCAUGAACCUUUUAAUAAAAAUAAUGUACGUUUUGUAUACUUUCAUUAUACCUUUGAAAGAACUUAAUUUAGUCUUUAUGUCUCUAUUUUGACGCUGGAUUUUUCAAAAGUUAACGAAACGACUUCAUUAUGUAAACGUGGAUGUAGUUUUUAUUUUAUAAAGUGCCUUUACUUCAGCAUAAUUUCUCCUGCAGUUUCACAGAUAACGGGAUUGCUUUUUCUGUUUAAUUACUUCGUCGAAAACAAAAGAAAGAGUGCUAGGUAAUAGCAUAAAUAUAGUAGCAAUGGUUGCUAUUGAACUCGGUAGCUAUUAGUUUAUUGUGUUAGCUUUUUAUCUUUCACAUUAGUUAGUUCAUUUGACAAAUCGGCAAAAAACACUUUGUCUUAAAUUUAACCAUAGAAAUUGGAUUGCCUGGCAGUAGUAGAAUUUUUAUAUAUAGUACACAAUCGCUCUUAGCCUUUUUAGAAUGGGAAACAUUAUUUCAUGACUUCUCCUGCCCUGAGUAGGACACCACAUGGCAUAAAAUAAAGUCGCUUCCCGCUGUCUGUCCCUAUGCAUGCAUCAAUCUUUAAAACAAUGUGAUCGAAUUUCAUGCGGUUUUUAAAAAGAUAGAAUGAUUUAAAAGAACGAUUGAGGUAUAUAAUUUAUAAGAGUUUCCUGAUAAAGUCACUGGCAGGAAAAAAAUAAUAAUUAAAAACUGUUCCUACUACUCCGAGCUGAGCCGUCGUAUUGCCUUUAAAAAUCAGAUAUUACAUUACGAGUCUUAUUUCCAAUAUAUCUGUACAAACAAACACACAUCCUUAGCUUGUCACACAUGUUGAGUAGAACAACUGCCCUAUUUCACGGUAUGAAUUCAAUAUUGUAGUUCCAGCGGUUUUGAUGGCUGAACUUUUAUUACAUAUACGUACUCUAUCCUGUGGUGUCGUGUGAUUAUGUUUGUAUAGUGACAGUUCUUGUAUAAAGGAGAAGCAAUAUGAAUGUCUAUAUUGCUAUUAUAUAUGUGGUAGGUAUGGCUUGAGUAUUUAUAAGCUUUUAGUUUUAAAUAAAGAAGGCCAUGAUUUAUUAAACGUUUCACAUAUUUUAUAAUUAAGCAAUGUUUUUUGUUGCAUUGUAAGAAGUUAAGAGUCUGCGUUUCAAUUUGAUGACUGCACGGUUGAAGCAGUGGCCGGGCAAAUGCGUCUUUUGCAAUUUGUCGUAGGUUUGAUUCCCGUACGGAACAAGACUGUGUGUGAUCAAAAAUUGUUGUUACGGGUCUGAGUCGCUUGUAUAUGUGAAUUUGACAACAGAAGAAAAUUUUCGGGUGUGGCA